UUUUCUCUUUACUUUCUCUGAAAAUCAAAGCCCAUCUCUUCUUCCUUUUUUUUCCCCUAAUUUCUCACUUCCCCCUCAUUUCGCGUCUCGACCUUCGAAUUCGACAAAUCCCUAAUUCCAAAAUCCUCUCGGUAAGCUACGGAUCUAGUCUCUCUUUUGCUCAUAGUUCGACGAAAUCGUCUCUCUGUUGCUCGUUCAUGUUUUCGUUUCGUUUUGUGGACUUAAUCUUCUCUGUGUUCGUUGUUAUCUGGAGAUCUGGCAAAAUCUCGAAUGAUUUUGAUAGAUUCUAGGUUUCUAGGUGUAUCUAUCGGAUCUAAAAGAGUGUGUGAUAACAUAAGAUGUCGUCUUCUCGGGAAGAGAAUGUGUACUUAGCCAAGUUAGCUGAGCAAGCUGAACGUUAUGAGGAAAUGGUUGAGUUCAUGGAGAAAGUUGCAAAGACUGUUGACACCGAUGAGCUUACUGUCGAAGAGAGAAACCUCUUGUCUGUUGCUUACAAGAACGUCAUUGGUGCUAGGAGAGCUUCCUGGAGGAUCAUAUCUUCCAUUGAACAGAAGGAAGAAAGCAGAGGAAACGAUGAUCAUGUUUCCAUUAUCAAGGACUACAGAGGAAAGAUCGAAACUGAACUCAGCAAAAUCUGUGAUGGAAUACUCAAUCUUCUGGAUUCUCACCUUGUUCCCACUGCAUCUUUGGCCGAGUCCAAAGUCUUUUACCUCAAAAUGAAAGGAGAUUACCACAGGUACCUUGCUGAGUUUAAGACUGGAGCUGAGAGGAAAGAAGCUGCUGAGAGCACUCUGGUUGCUUACAAGUCAGCUCAGGAUAUUGCACUUGCUGAUUUAGCUCCUACUCAUCCGAUUAGACUGGGACUUGCUCUUAACUUCUCUGUCUUCUACUACGAGAUUCUCAACUCACCUGAUCGUGCCUGCAGUCUCGCAAAACAGGCUUUUGAUGAGGCCAUUUCUGAGCUGGAUACAUUAGGAGAAGAAUCAUACAAAGACAGUACGUUGAUAAUGCAACUUCUCCGUGACAAUCUGACCCUUUGGAACUCUGACAUCAAUGAUGAGGCGGGCGGUGAUGAGAUCAAGGAGGCGUCAAAACAUGAGCCGGAAGAGGGGAAACCAGCUGAGACAGGGCAGUGACCAGAGAGAGAGGGAGAGACAUUUCUAAGUAUGUAUGGUAUGGAUUUUCCAAAAACAUAUGAUAUGAUUAGGGGAUUUGUAGAAGCAGAGAGAAAGAUCUUUAUUUGAUUUUCUCCAAAAAUCUCUGUUCCCUUUUUUUUUUAUUGGGUUAUUAAAGCUGUUUGAGUCUUUGGUUCCUGCUUCGUUGCUUGUUAGUAUUUAGGAAGUGAAGAAACAAAACUUUGAAUUAUUGCUUUCCAUUCAACUCGUCAUAAAUUAUCAUAAUCAGUGUAUUAUUUACUUAGUUCUUAUUAGGGUAUUCUGAUUUUUGCUUAACGCAACAGAAUUUGUGUUAACCCAUUUUUAAAGAAUCUUCAAUCUUGUAUCAUUGGUCGGGUCAGUCGGAUAUAUGGUCCGCUUUUGGUUUAAGACCGGAACAACGAAAGCCGGGGAUAUUGAGCCUUUCUGAUGAUGCGCCUCCGGGCGGUAAUGCUAUUGGGACAUGGAUUACAUUCUGAUCAAUAGGGA